AUGGACGCCCUCCUCGAGCAAGCCCGCACAAUCUACGAAGGCGAAAUCGACUUCAAAGGCCAACAACUCGCCGAGUACAUCACAUACGGCUUGCUGUCUAUCGUGGGCGCAAUCGCAUUCCUCGCCGGCUUCAUCUCGCAGAAUAUCUACCAAACGCUAUAUAUCGGGCUCGGCGGCACGGCGCUCUGUUUCCUGAUCGUCGUCCCGCAAUGGCCUUUCUUCAACCAGAAUCCACAACCGUUCUUGCCGUCGAGGAAGGCGUCUAGUGGGAUUCAGGGUUUGACAAUUGAGGUGGAUGGGAAGAAAGUGAGCUAG